AUGGCCACGCCUCAAGAAAUCAGAAAACCCCGCCCCACCAGCGAUGUUAUCUCGUCGCCCCAUACUUUUGACAGCAUGGCGUCGCCUGGCAAUUUCCGAGGCCGUCGGGUUUCUAUCAACCAACGCCCCGAGAAGGACCUGAAGCCCUUUCAGCAUGGCGACAUCAAAGUUUUGCUGCUUGAGAACGUCAACAAGACGGCCUUGGACAUUCUCGAGAGCCGCGGCUACCAAGUCGAGUUCCACGACUCGUCUCUGCCCGAGGCCGACCUGAUUGAGAAAAUCAAGAAUGUGCAUGUCAUUGGUAUUCGGUCCAAAACCAACCUCACAGAAAAGAUCUUGUCUCACGCGCAAAAUCUUUUUGCCAUUGGCUGCUUCUGCAUUGGCACGAACCAAGUCGACCUCGACUAUGCUACCAAGCGUGGUAUCGCGGUCUUCAACUCGCCGUUCUCCAACUCCCGUUCCGUCGCCGAGCUCGUGAUCGGCUACAUGGUUGCGCUUGCUCGUCAGUUCGGUGAUCGCUCCAUUGAAAUGCACACCGGUGUCUGGAACAAGGUCUCCAAGGGCUGCUGGGAAAUCCGCGGUAAGACCCUGGGUAUCGUGGGUUACGGCCACAUUGGUACCCAGCUGUCGGUUCUUGCUGAAGCCAUGGGCAUGAAUGUCCUGUACUACGAUGUGCUCAACAUUAUGGCCAUGGGUAUGGCUCGGCAAGUUGACACUCUCGAGGAACUACUCGGCAACUCAGACUUUAUUUCCUUGCAUGUGCCUGAACUGGCUGAAACUAAGGGUAUGAUCUCCACCAAAGAGUUUGAUGCCAUGCGUAAGGGUGCAUACCUCAUCAACGCUUCCCGAGGAACUGUUGUUGACAUUCCGGCCAUGAUUGCCGCUCGCAAGGCCGGUAAAAUUGCUGGUGUCGCUAUUGACGUGUACCCCAACGAGCCCGCCAAGAACGGCCCUGGCUUCAAUGACUCUUUGAACGACUGGACUUCUGAGCUGGUGUCUUUGGGAAAUGUCAUUCUCACCCCUCACAUUGGUGGCUCUACCAAUGAGGCCCAAUCGGCUAUUGGUGUCGAGGUUGCCACCGCCCUGCACAAGUACAUCACCGAGGGCUCGUCAGUUGCCUCUGUUAACUUCCCCGAGGUCGACCUCCGUCGUCCGUACCAGGAGGAGUCUGGUGCUGUUCGUGUGUUGUACGUGCACCGCAACGUUCCCGGUGUGUUGGCCCAGGUCAACGAGCUGUUUGCCGAACACAACAUCGUCAAGCAGUUCUCCGACUCUGAGGGUCAGAUUGCCUACCUCAUGGCUGAUAUGUCCAACGUCAGCGAGAGCGAGAUCCGGAAGUUGUCGGACGAGCUGGAGCGCCUGAACUUCAACAUCCGCACCCGCAUGCUCUACUAA